CGACCGCCCCGGAGCCGAGCGGGCUCCCCGCGGGAGGCACCGCUUCAGCGCGGAGCGGGGCUGCGCCGGGCCAGCCCGCCCCGCGGCCCGUGCAGCGCGUGUCUCCUUUACCCCAGUGUCGUUAGGCGGGAGGAGGAGCCCGAGCCCGGCUGGGAGCCAUGGCCGCGGUGGUGGCCAAGCGCGAGGGGGCGCAGUUCAUCAGCGAGGCGGCGGUGCGGGGCAACGCCGCCAUCCUGGACUAUUGCAGGACCUCGGUCUCGGCCCUGUCGGGAGCCACGGCGGGGAUCCUCGGCCUGACCGGCCUGCACGGCUUCAUCUUCUACUUCCUGGCUUCCGUCCUCCUCUCCGUGCUCCUGGUGUUAAAAGCCGGACGGCGAUGGAACAAGUACUUUAAAUCCCGAAGGCCGCUUUUCACGGGGGGGCUUAUAGGAGGGCUCUUCACAUAUGUCCUGUUCUGGACUUUCCUCUACGGCAUGGUUCAUGUCUACUAAACCAACCAGGAGCCACUUUAGCUGCAGUGGUUUUUAAUAAAGCGGGAGGACUGUUGCCAGAAUUCAUCUACACAACUAGGCCAGCUCACCUUUUAAACUGUUGUUCAUUGCUUGUAUUAAUACUGUCGGUAAAUUAUGUCCAAGUACACAUGAAUCAGUAGUACUGUUCUAAUUAAACAGAAUGUGAAACACCA